AUGGAGGUUUCUCCUAGGGACGGCCUUCAGAAUGAACCCAACAUUCUACCAAUACCAGUAAAAGCUGAACUGAUCAGAAAACUCGUAGAUCUAGGCCUACGGCACAUCGAGGUCGGAAGUUUCGUGUCACCUAAGUGGGUGCCCCAAAUGGCUUCUACUGCCGAAAUCAUCUGCCACCCAGACAUUAUAUCGUCCAAGUUAGGAUCAAACCCCACCUUUAGUGUAUUGAUGCCCAACCGUAAGGGACUAGAUGGAUUCAAAGCUGCCAAUUUCGAGGAAUCACCUCAUCGUGAACCUGUCGUAGACGAGAUCGCACUUUUUGCCUCGGCUACCGAAGGCUUCAGUCAGGCCAACCUCAACUCGUCAGUUUCAGAUUCCAUUGAGAAAAUGCGACCAGUGGCCGAAGAAGCCCAAAGGCUGGGUCUGACCAUCCGAGGUUACGUGAGUUGUGUGUUUGGAUGUCCAUUCGAAGGAAAAGUGGACUUUAAGCAAGUUGCAUCAGUAUCACAAGCGCUCUUUGAUCUCGGCUGUUACGAAGUGGCAAUCUCAGACACCAUCGGAGUAGCGGUCCCGUCGCAGGUCACCGACUGUCUUGACCAUAUGAUAAAAUCCGGCAUUGACCCUGGUCGUCUGGGGAUCCACUGUCACGACACCUUUGGGACCAGUCUAGCAAACAUCCUAACAGCCGUGAGUUUGGGCGUCAAGACUGUGGACUCGAGCAUUGGAGGUAUAGGCGGUUGUCCAUACUCUCCAGACGUUGCAACUGAAGACGUGGUAUAUGCACUCGAGUCUUCUGGAUACUCUACUGGCAUCCUGGAUGUCUUAGGGAACGACCCGGCAUUGUUGAAGAAAUUGGAACCCUUGGCUGAUGCAGGAAAUUGGAUCAAUUCCAACCUGGGUCGUUCAAAUUCAAGCCGUGUGGGAAGAGCCGUCUUGGCAAGAAAAUCCCGUCGAGAAAAACAGGCAUCAUAG